CGAGCGGCGGCUUGUUGGUUGCGUUGUGUUUAUCCGAUUUUUCUUUUAAUAUUUAUUUAUUUGAAAUUAUCUGUAUAUCGAAAUAGAAGCGGCCGCGUUAUGGCAUCACAGACCAAAUCGACGGCAUUAUCAACCGAACUCAACAGUUUUAUUUACGGUGUUUCAAAAAGAAACCUCCAAAAUGCUUUGGAGCUUACAAAGGUUGGAAUAUCCCUGCUCAAAAACUUUCCUGCUGCUAGGGAUGCAGUUUUGGAGUAUUUUGCAAUGGUUUUUCAUGAUGCAGUUAGUGUUGCUGUUAACCAGGCUGACUAUGCAACAGAGGGAACUGCAAAUGCGUCUCUGGAAAGCGUCAGUAUGAUUGGUCCAGAGUUGUGUAGUCUCGGGGAGUCAUGGGCUCCAUUUAUAUCACCGUGGUGUAUAACUCUUAUUAUGGAUAUUGCCAAAAAGAUGUCCAAUGUGCCAAAUACAACUCUCCAAAACACAGAUCCAAUAAGAGUUUUGCUAGACAUAACCACACAAAAUUUAACCUUGCUGGACUCUGAAGAGAGAGCAAAAUGCAUUGAUAUGAUGUUGGGGUCGUGGGGCUGGUCGUGGGCGGUGGGCUGGGUGGGGCGCGCGGAGCCCGCGCUGGUGGCGCCGCGCGCGCUGGCGCACGGCGCGGACGCGGCGCGCGAGGUGCUCGCCCACCUCGCCAACCACCCGCCGGCGCUCGUGCACAUACGCACGGCGCUGGUUGAUUUGUUUCAUGAAGCAAUAAAAGAAGAUAGCAAAAUAGAGAAGAAGCGUGACGUCAUACCUUACUUGCUGAAUCUCGCAUCCAAGUCUGACAUUGUAUUGAAGGCUUUGACUCAAGAUAUUGAACAGACAUUGACAGACGAACUGAUGGAGCGCGUGUGCGCACUGUGCGCCACGCACCGCCACAGCGCCACGUGGGAGGGCGUGGGCCCGGCCACGCUGGUCGCGCUGCUGCUGCGCGCCGAUGUGCGCUGUCUGCUGCUGCUGUUGAGGCAUUCGCAGAGGAACCUGUUCUGCAGGCAGUUAUUGGAAUACCUCCUUCAAAAGUUGGAACACGAAUGCCUGUAUCCAGAUAAAAAUAUACCUUUGCUGACGAGUGCAGCCGAGGAAAUCGACAUAGUUCGUGAGAAGUUGCUCACUGGGAACAAAUUAGAACAGUUUUCUUUGACCAGGAUUCUUAUAUUAGUGUGUUACAACCUACCAUCAGAAUUUGUCAGCACAAUAAGCUACCUCCUCCAGUACUCCCGCGACGAUUCCAAACUCGCUCUACUCGUCCGCAUUGUCUCUGGCACGGUCACUAUGCACGUGCCAAACGACUCUAUGGACAUGACCAUAGACACUGACAGAUACCAGAAUUUUAUAAAGACUGGCGUAGAGUACGCCUUGAGGGACGCCAUGAUAUCAGAUACAGAGAUAAAGAGAUGUUUUAUAGAGGGAUGCGUGCCGGAUGAUCAGAAAACUUAUUUGCAUCAUUUCUGCUUGAACAUUAUCAAGUUGUUGAGAUGGGAGAACUCUUCUCGCGUGCCGCACCUCCGUUCACGUCCCUUCGGGCGUGCGGUCGAAGCGAACUUAUACCGCGUCGGUGGCGCCCUCUCGGAAUACACGUCACUUCUGAGAACUAAACCCGAAUGUACUAUGGCGUCGUUAGAUGAGAUGCCUACAUGCCAUGCUAUUGCUGAGGUUCUCGACAGGGUAGAUAUGUCAGGAACGAAAUCUCCCCCUCCCAGUGUGGAGGUCAUCCUCAAGGUCGUCCAAGCAACUGUCAAAUAUUUCUUCAGGUGUCUGCAUCAAAAAGCAAUACUGGACAAGCUUCGCGGCGUGCAGGCCGCCUGCCGCUUAAUCCGCAAGUUGUGCUUACACAGCAAAGUGGCGAGGGCACUCGCCCUCAGGGAGUUACUGGAAGGAGCCAUGUUCAGACACGAAGCGGCCUUCGGAAGCCGUCCAGCGUCUUCGAUGGACAAGUGGCCUGACGACCAUCUCUUGAUACAUCUCAAUCAGAAACAUGGCCCCAUAACGCAGUUAACUCAAAGCCACACAUCAGUCUUCCACGCCGGAAUCAUCGGGAAGGGGGUUAGGAAACAAAACGAGUCUGACACUGGCGACAUACCCCCCAUAUUGACAACCAAUAAUGAGCUGCUCAUGGGAGCGCUCAUGUCUUGUAUGGACGGUAACAGUGGUAUAGUGGAGGGCGCCACGUCGCUCUCUUUGCUACUCGUCGAGUUGGUUUCCCCAGAUGUCAUGUACAACGGGCUACCGUGGCCUGAUGAAGAUUUCACUAAGCAAGUGAGCAUCGAACGCGAGCUCUAUAUGCGUUCCGUACUAGAGCGUUGUUGCGUGUCGCGAGCGGCUCUGCGUCGCGCGGCGGCCGCACGUCCCGCGCUGUGCCUCGCGUCCGCGCUACUGCGGGCCGCCGCCGCCACGCUGCUGCACCGCCGCAGCGCUCAGCUAGAUCGUCACACAAAUUCACCUGAAUUAGCGCGCGAGCGGGCGGCGUUAGCGGAGUUAUUGGAAACCAUGACUUUGGGACAACUGUUACCUCAUCCAUUAUGUCAUAUGUUAGAAUUGGCACCAGAACUAACUGCCAGCGAGAUUGUUCAAAUGCUACGAGAUUGUCUAUGGAACUAUACCAGAGACCAUGUGCCAUCGCCAGCACUGUUCACUUGCGAUUCAACAGGUCUUCAUUGGCGAGACCCGUCUACUUGCAAGCCGCCAGCUACAUACACCGAUACCUUGAGACUUAUCAUACAAAAGAGGAUAUCGAAACUAGGUCAUAUGUACCCAAUCAUGUUUUUAAAUCUGGAAAAGGAAAGCCAGUAAAGUUUAUUUGUAGACAAUAAUUAUUUUGGUAUAAUAAGAAAUUUUAUUUUGUACAUAUUAGCUGUAAGAAAAUAAAGUGCCUGCUUUGGACAGGUUUUUGUUUUAUUUAA